AUGGCGGCGGUUUCAAUUCUUACUUCGGCUGCAGCUUUCGACAAGCAAUGUGAAAGAGUGGGUUUGGCAGCAGAGUGGAUCGCCGCCAUGCAAGCUUCAGGCAUCACGACACUGGGUAAGUUGAGCUAUGCAGUUUCGCUUCCAGGGACGCAACCCACAGCUGACGAGAUGGAUAACUUCACUGCAACAUUGAGGCCCGGUGCGAGAGUCACUUUGGGUGACAGCUCCGCGAUAAAACAGCUUAUCUUCGAAGCUCAGACCAUGACGGUUGCUGAGCUCCGAGCUACCAUGCAGUCCAGUGACGAGGUGUCCUGGAAGCUUCCGGCGUCGGAGCGCUCAAUGCGCAUCGAAGAUCAGAAGCAACGCCUUAAGGGUCUCCCGUUGGAGGGCCCUUUGUCCGUAGCCCACUGCGUGUAUGACAAGCUCGCAAACAUGCGCGAGAACGACGAGCUGAAAUACCUCUCCCCCGGUGAGUGCAUCACCCGUGAUGCGGAGCUUUGCUGUGAGAAGCCUCCCAAAGCCUUGCAGCUCGAUGCUAACAAAAUGGGCAUUGUGGUGAAGGAUGAGGAAGCCCUGGCCACCAUGUCGGUCGACAGCGAUUUGCAGCUUUAUCAGGCCAUGAUGAGACGGGCACUGGCCAUGGACCUUGUUGGCUUGGCUUCUUAUGAUAUGGUGCAGAAGUGGAAUGAACGGCUCUUUCGCAUUAUGAGCCAGGACCCACCACCGGAGUUCCAGAAGGUCUCGAGAGCACAGGUGCUGAGGGCAGACCGGCAAUGCUUUCUGGAGCUUGCUCGCACGUGCAAUGGGAAUCUGAAGCCUGACGCAAAAGGCGUGCUCCCGCUCGACAAAGAGUUUGAGAAGCUGGAGUACAACCAAUCGGUCAUGUACUUUCUGCUACCUGUCAAAGGUAAGGGCAAGGGCUCCGGCAAGCCCGGCGACAAAGGCAAUGGAAGGAAGCGCACUCAGGACACAACAGGUGAUGGCAAAAACAAGAAGUUGAAGAUUACCCGCGACCCGAUACCAGAUGCCUUGAAGGGUGACCUCAUUGCGCAUGUUGUUCCCGAAGAGUGUGAGGCAGCUGCGGCACCGAUCGUUCCAAUGGAUAUUCUGUCUCCGGGUGCCCGCGUUCUAUCUUUCCAAAUCGUCAGAAAUCUUCGCAUCCUUCUUGUGACGUCAUCGUUCUGGACAACAGACUUCGGUAAGAGCUUACUGGAAUCAUCGGUCGACAUCGACCUUAAAGCCUUUGGCUCUCCAACACCGGGUUGCAUUCGAUUUGCAUCCUCCAUGCCACUCGUCCUUCGGUCCUGUGCAAGCUUAGCGGCUGCCAGUCGCCAAAAGCCUUCCACAGACAUUGCGCUGGGGCAGCUCUACCGUGCGCUUGCAUCGGUCAUGCUUGAGCAUCUGCAUGUUCGCACCCCGCCAGUGCCACCACUUGCUGCAGCUCAGGUGCACCGCGCUUCGCAGGUUGAUGCAUCGCUCGACGAACACAAUCCAGAUGCCUCGGACAUGUCAGGUGGUGUGCAGCAGGCAGCACCCCCUCCUUGUGGUUUCGCCGGCUCGCUGCUAUGUGCGACCGAGUGUGAAGCAGAGAUGCUGGCCUCGAAUCUUGAUGCUAGGGUGGAUGCCAGCAGCCUUGUCAGUAUCUUCGAGGCCCUACCAGCCGAAGUGCCAGCACGUGGUGUUGAUGAUGCUCGUGAGAAAGCUUGGACUGCGGGAGCUUAUUCCCAGAACAAGCUAUGUGGUCUGCGGAAGCAUACCAGAGCUUUCCCUCGUGUUGUCUCUGCUGCUGUCAGGUACUUGCGUGGAUGUUUCCCAGGUGCGUGCUUCGCGACGAUUGCCUUUUAUUCCAACGUUUGCACUCCGAUGCACAGGGAUUCGAAUAACUUGGAAGGCACACUGAACUACGUUGCUCCCCUCCUUUCAAAGAUGGAGGCAUUUGGGUGCAAGAUGACGAGGGCAAUCAUUCCCGGAUGA